AUGGCUUCCUCCUCCGGCAACGACGAUGAUCUGACUAUCCCCCGAGCUGCUAUCAAUAAGAUGAUCAAAGAGACGCUCCCCAACGUCCGAGUGGCCAACGACGCCCGGGAGCUGGUGGUGAACUGCUGCACUGAAUUCAUCCACCUCAUCUCUUCGGAAGCCAAUGAGAUCUGCAACAAGUCGGAGAAGAAGACCAUCUCCCCAGAGCACGUCAUUCAAGCCCUAGAAAGUUUGGGCUUUGGCUCUUACAUCAGUGAAGUAAAAGAAGUUUUACAAGAGUGCAAGACUGUAGCAUUAAAAAGAAGAAAAGCCAGCUCUCGUUUGGAAAACCUUGGCAUUCCUGAAGAAGAGUUAUUGAGACAGCAACAGGAAUUGUUUGCAAAAGCUAGACAGCAACAAGCAGAACUGGCCCAGCAGGAAUGGCUUCAAAUGCAGCAAGCUGCCCAACAAGCACAGCUUGCUGCUGCCUCAGCCAGUGCAUCUAACCAGGCAGGAUCUUCUCAGGAUGAAGAUGAUGAUGAUGAUAUCUGA